AUGAAUAUGGUACAGUCCCUUAAUCAGAAGGAAAGUCCCAUCAAAUUUACAUCUAAUAUCAGCUCCACAGCAGUACAAUUUUUGGACCUAGAAAUAGCCAUUACAGACCAGGGCUUGUCGUAUUGCCUUUAUAAGAAACCCACUGAUAGGAACACCAUUCUACAUAGUACCAGUGCACACCCAGAGGCAUUGAAAAAGUUUUUACCCAAAGCCCAAUUCUUGAGAGUGAUUCGCAAUAAUUCAGACAAGAAUGUCAUGGAGGAACAACUAGAAGGGAUGAUGGAAAGAUUCCUUGAACGUGGCUACCGACGGAAUGACCUAGUGAGAGCAUUAGAAGAAGCUAAGAUAGCCAACUCUCCUAGAGUCAAGGACGGUGCCCCAAGGUUAGUUUUCCCUGUUACCUAUCACGAUGCAUCUCCUGAAGUCACAAGGAUUAUUAAGGAUAAUUGGAAAAUGCUGGCGUGUGAUGACACACUUCCCAAGGUUUUUAAGGAACCUCCUCUCAUUUGUUACAGAAGGAAUACAAACUUAAGGGACCUGCUGGUACACACGGACCCCUCAAAAAGCUAUGAAAAGAGUAUUGAGACACAUAGCCGUGGCAGCAUUCGCUGUUUAGGAUGUGUUACCUGCGGACAUAUGACGCCCUCACGUACUUUUCAACAUCCACACAGUAAUAAGAUUUUUCAAAUACG